GGGCCUGUACGGCGGGAGUCGGGGAUGCAUGGGCGUGAAGAAGCAGGACUAGGGUUACCCUCCCCCCUCCAUCCUCUAGGACUUCCCCCCUCGAGAGAGGGAGCCUCUAGGAUUCCCGCUCUCUUCGACCGGAACUGGAACCCUCCCCGCCUCAGCCCCCUGUCUCCUCCUGCUUUGUCCCAAGGUGACGCCCGAUGGGACGUGCGCAUGACGGCGUUGCUGCUGUGGCUGGCGGCGUGGGUGGCGGGGAGGGGCGGGGAGCGGGGCCGGCGGCAGCAACAGCCGUUGACACAGCAGGAGCAGCAGCAGGAGGAGAAGCAGGAGGGAAGGGGCAGCGGCAGCAGCAGUCGGCAGCUGUGGAGGGCCUACCUGGCUAGCCUGCCGCCCCCAGAGGAGGUGACUUGUCUCAUAAACUAUGCUCCCGAAGAAGCCAAGGAGCUUCAGAUAAAAGAGCUGAUGGAGGAGGCCGAGGCGCAGUACACUUGGGCAGUGGGCGUUCACCGCAAGUACUUUGAUUCGGAACGAGGAGAGCUCCGCGACCUGCGGCUGGCUCCCACACUGUACGACACCCUGUGGGCCAUGUCCAUGGUUCGUACCCGCACCUUCUCCGAGGAGGUGGACGGCGAGGAGCUGACGCUGAUGGUGCCGUACGCCGACCUCGCGAACCACUCCUUCAGACACAAUGCGACCUUUUGCAUGGCGCCUUGUCGUACUAGGUUCCAGCUGUGCCUGCUGGCGCCCUUGGAGGCGGACCAGGAGGCGACCAUCAGCUACGGAGAGGGGAAACCCAAUCCUGAGGUGAUGCGGGACUAUGGCUUCGUGGUCCCCGGCAACCCCAAUGACCGGCUGCUGCUGCCUGAUCAGGCAACCCUGCCGCCACUCAACGGCGCCGCGUUGCUGCAGUCGAUUGGGUUCAAGGGGGACUGGCGUGAGGGACAGGCCGCCCCCACCCGCCCCACGCUUGAGGCAGCGGAGGGGGACACGGAGGCACGACUGCAGCUGGCUCGCAGGAGGUGCGCCGUACUUUCCAUGAACCUGGCGUCGGGCUUCGGCUCUGCUGCUGACGUGCAGCCUGGACAACAGCAACAGCAACCGACAACAGUAGCAACAGCCACGACAUCAACAACCAGGAAUAACGGCGAUAACGGCUCUUCGGGGGCUUCCUGGCCACCCCUGAUGAACACCCUGGUCAACCUGUUUGGCAACAUGUUGCCCCAGACGAAGUCAAGGCCUAGUGCAAUGACCGAUAGCAACGGUACUAGUUCUUCGGUGCCCGCGGUUGCUUCUUCCGGCUCUCUCGCUUCUUCCUCUCCGUCCACCCUAUCGGCCUCCACCUCGGUCUCCGUAUCUGCGUCCGUAGAUGACCAUGGGGAGCUGUCACUAGCUUCUACCACCGCCGCCGCCGCAGCGUCUGUGGAAACCCAGAAGCAGCUGCCACUACUGCCGGCAGCAGCAGCGGCCGCGGCUGCUGAGCUAGCAAAGGAGAGGUCCCACGUGACGACUGUACGGCAACGCUACCAGAGGGCCCUGGAUGAACUUCCCACGAGCAUUGAGGAAGACCAAGCGGUACUGCUACAGCCAGUGCUACAGCCGGUGGCAUCGCGACCCAUGGGUCAGCGGCGUUCGAACCUGCAUGCGGCGGCGGUACGAUGCCGCUUAGAGCACAAGCUACUGCUGCGAGAGGCUGUACGGGUACUUGACGUGUACGAAAAGUGGCUUGUUAAGCGGCAACAGCAACAGCAGCAGCAGGCCCUAGCGCAACAGCUGUAGCGGCAAUGGUGACUGCCAGCGACACGCUGCAAAUACAGCUGCUAUGCUGUGCACUUGCAGUAGGAAGACCGACAAAGAAACAUUAAUUAAGAGGAACCCAACUUUACCAAAUUCACCAGUACGCAUGACAGGCUUGAAGAAUUGCAAGCAGUUAUUGGAUGGUAGCAACUGAGCAUGAGAGUGGGAGUGGGAGAGUGGCCGCCAAGGCGAAUGCUGCUUUAUCUGGUACUGGUAUGUGGAAUUGACCUUCUGUUGCUUUUGCAAUUUCUGUGCAGCGGGCGUGACGGGGCAUGAGCAAGUCGUGGGCACCCUGAACGGCCUCUUCGUAAGCUGGACUAACAUCUUAUAUUCUUGUAACCGUACGACAGUGUACGAGCAGUAUCGACAGGAUAUGAGAUAGGGUGUACUAAUUUGCAAGAUAAGUUUGUUCCAUGCCAUUUCAAGGGCAGGGUGCGGAAGUUGGUGGUUCAGGGUCCUCGACUCAAUUUGGCUGAAAUCAAACCAACGUGUGACCAGGCAGAUAUGGGUUCCCAAUGCUGCACAGGGCCCGUGCAGGGUGCAACGCCGCAUGGAGCUGCAUACGGACAUGAGGUGUAAUGAGGCA